AUGACCGUUCCAACCAAGAUUGAACCCAAGGAUGUUCAGGCCCAUCUGUCCCAAUUCAAGGGCGACAGCUAUCGCGAUGGCUGGGCUUCGCUCUGGGACAAGGGUGAAGGUCUACCUUGGGAUAAGGGUUUCCCUAACCCUGCAUUGGAGGAUGCCCUGGUCCAACGCCGAGGCACCAUUGGCGGGGCCGUUGGCCAGGACACGCAGGGCCAGUCAUACCGUCGAAAGGCCCUGGUCCCGGGUUGCGGCAGAGGUGUUGAUGUCCUGCUCCUGGCUAGCUUCGGCUUCGAUGCCUAUGGCCUUGAGUACAGUGCCACGGCAGUGGAGGCUUGCAAGAGGGAGGAGGCCGAAAAUCACAGCUGGUACCGCGUUCGGGAUCAGAAUGUCGGUCAGGGAAAAGUGACCUUUGUGCAGGGCGACUUUUUCGAUGAUGCUUGGCUGCAGACAAUCGGAGUGCCCCUGAAUGGAUUUGAUAUUGUUUAUGACUACACGUUUCACUUCGGAUCGGAGCUGCCCCGCACUCCACCAGUUGGUUACACGACGGAAGGCGAGGAGCGGCCGGAGACCGACACCGGCGGUUUCUUCUGUGCUCUCGAGCCAUCUAUGCGCCCUAAAUGGGCCCUGCGACACACCCAACUUCUGGCUCCUUCACCGGCAGGUAACUUGAUCUGCCUGGAGUUCCCCCGCCACAAAGACCCCAAGGCACCUGGACCCCCUUUCCCAUCAUCGUCAGAGGCAUACAUGGAGCACUUGAGCCACCCUGGAGAAGAUAUCCCCUACAACGACCAGGGUCUCAUCAAGCAGGACCCCUUACGUGCGCCAAGCAAGGCUGGCCUUGAGAGGGUGGCCUACUGGCAGCCCGAGAGAACCCACGAGAUGGGUCAGGAGAACGGAAAGAUCGAGGACAGAGUCUCCAUCUGGCGUCGACGUAACUAG